AGCCGCACCUCUGUCCUCCCAAGGGCCAGCGGUCCUCACCCCAUGUGUCAUGCGGUUAAUCAUGUUUUGAUAGGUCGAUAUGCCCCUAAUUGCUGCAACAAUAACUUUAAGGAUUCGGAUGAAUUCCGCUCAAUGAAAGAUCAGAUUACGACUCUGCAGGACCAGGUCAAUAGCCUUUUCAGUAGUCUAAGUGAGCUCCGUUCGCAGAGAUCUUCCAUUGAUUCGCCGAACUUCGACAACUUCUCGCGAGAUGGAUCGCAGCCUGUGUUUACUUCUAUGCAUGCUGGGCUGGCCAAACCACGUGUGAGGCACCCCCGGUUCCAUGGCCCCACGAGCUCGACUUUCAAUUUCAAUGUAGCAAGAUCUAGCCUUCAAAACAUGGGCAUCGCUCCGACAGAAGAAGUGAUAACUGACGACCUGACCACGGCUCAUGCGACACCUGCUGGCUCACCUCCCCAUGCUGCACCAUUCGCGCCUCCUAUUCAUCCUACUAAAGAUCCUAUAUGGGCCAUUAAACGUGAGGAUGCUAUACGACUAUGCCAAAUCUACGAAGAAGAGAUUGGGAUCAUGUAUCCACUUUUCGAAAUCGAAAAGGUGACACAGCAAAUCAACCUACUCUACACUUUUAUGGAGGCUGCAACACGCACUGGAUUUGCACAACGAGCGCUGCCCGGCUCAGAUGGUCUCCAAGACGACAAUACAAACCUUAUAAAGAUGAUUCUUGCUACAACGCUGGUUGUGGAGGGGGGUGGCCAGAGCGAGCUUGGUCAACGUCUUUAUCUGAGUGUGAAACCGGUCAUUGAGUCCAAGAUUUGGGAGCCGUUAGACAUUAGAACCAUUCAACUCUUCGGCAUCGUGGCAACCUACCAUUUCCAUACUGACGACGAUGCCAUGGCCUACCGUCUCAUCGGGUUAGCUGCUCGCAUGUGCCUUGAACUCGGCCUGCAUCGACGAGAUGCGUUGGCGAAGUCAUUUCCUAACGAAGAUCAAUGGCCAGAAAUCAUCAAGAUCUUCUGGGCGAUCUAUAGCUUGGAUAGGCGCUGGAGUCUUGGUACUGGGCUGCCGUUUGUUAUUCAAGAUGAAGAUAUUGAUCCGAACUUACCAGAGCCGGAUGCAUCGCUGCCGUACCUAAGGUGUAUGAUUUCCUAUAACCGCAUUAGCUCAAAGAUUUGGUACUCUGGACUUGGCUCAGAGGGAACAACGGACAUACGUCGGGAUGAAAUUGGCUACUUGGACUAUCAAAUUCUCCAGUGGUACAAGCACGUUCCAGAUGCCUUGAAGUUCUAUCCAGUGCAGUCACCAAAGCAUGGAGAGUCAGCGAACCGUGGCCUUCGACGACUACGUGUUCUGUUAUAUUUGCGCAUGAACCAGCUUCGCAUUCUUAUCUACCGACCGGUUCUUCACUCAGCAGGUAGCAUCUCCGAAGAUAAGGGCCAUGCCCAGACUGUGGUAGAUGUUGCCAAAGAUACGGUUCGCGUGCUUACACGGCUGAAUCAAACUUCCGACAUUUAUCGCACUCAACAGAUUACAUUCAACUAUUUUCUUGUUGCCGCUCUGGCUGUCCUUUUUCUCGCCGUUUGCCAUGCGCCGACGGAGUUCAACCGGCAGGUCCGAGACGAGUUCUACAUGGCACUCGAUCUAGUCAACGGCUUUAGCACGAAGUCUUACGUAUCGAAACGGUUGUGGAAGGCCAUCAAAGGCCUUCGAAAGAUUGGUGAAAGGCUGGGCGUGCUCGUGCGUCCCUUUGGGUCAGAUUCUAAUGACCCUCAUUCUACGGCAGCUGUCGCCAUGGCCGGUUUGGCUGGUCAUCCGAUUGAAGAUCUAUCGGUAUAUGGCCCUAUGAAUGGGGUGAAUGAACUCGGAAAUAGCCCAUUAAAUGGGCUUCAGAUGAGCCAUGAGUUGACAACGCUGUUUGAGGCUGUUGGAGGAUUUGGCAACUUCAUUGCGUCGAGCACAACGCAGGACGGGAUGGGCGGGUUUGUAGGACCCGAUGGCGAAAUCCAAAACACGGGGGAAGGCCUUUCAGGAAUUCUGGGAGACGAUGGUGAAUUAUCACGAGCCAUCAGGGACUUGUUCUGAGGGAUACGCUUGUAUGUAUAUCGAUG